AUGUUUUUCUCUUGGCCAUGGUUACAUUGGCCUUCAGUCACCAAGAAGAUCAUAUUUUCUGUUGGCCGGCAAUGCGGCUCGGCAGUCGAAUUCCAAGAGCAGCAGUGGCAAGGGAGACGGGAAAACCACCACCACCAGCCAAAAAAUCGCAACAGCCGUUCCAAGCACAAUCAAAGCCACACGGAAUCAGACCAUGAAGACCCCCUAUUCAACAAUCGCUCCAGUAAGCGGACGCUUGCACUGGCACUGGCAGAAAGCAAAACGAACGGCAACAGUUCUGUAGCCACUGCGGAUCAUCCGUCACACAAGAGGAAGAAAAAGAGCCGCAUCGGAUUUGGUUCUAGUAACCGCAAGACAAAUCCCGACAAGGAAGAGAAUGACAACAACGACCAACACCAGAUCAGCCAAGACGACAACCAGCAGCAAAAGGACGCUCCUGUAGUACCAGCGUUACCCGAACGAGCCCCAAAAUCACCUGAACGAGCUCCGGCAACAUCCAGCGAAGAAGACUCCACCUCAGUUGGCUUAUGGACGAGUUCAAUACAAUGGACGGCUCCAUCACAAUCGUUUGGACAACAACGAAGCUCUACAAGUCCAUGA